UCUCGACGAGAGCACACGACACACGAGAGACACACCCAAAGCCAUGGAACAGAGCCAACUCUAUUUGCAUAAAUUCUACGCCCAGGCCAUCCCAAGGCCCCUCCUAGUCAGCAGCCCUGGCCUUCAUCAUCCGCAGCCCGGCAGAGCGGCGGCCACGCAACAACAGCCCGAGCAUAUUGACGAGCUGGUGGCUCUGGAACUGCAGCAGCUAAAGACUCACUACGCCGACGAGGAGCAACGAUAUGUGGACCAGAUGCUGCUCGCGAAUCCCAUUGUGGUGGAGCGACGGGCGCAGCCCAAGUCGGAGACAGCAUUCCCGACAGAGGCAACCAGGCCAGUGGCAACACCCUCGCCCGCACCGGCAGCCGCAACCACGCCGACACCCGCACCCACAAUGCCCAGCAGUCGUCACGACACGCAGCGUCAGAGAGCCGAGUCCUGCCGCAAGUCGCGCUACAACAACAAAAUCAAGAAGGCCAAACUGCGCUUCCGGCACAAGUUCGUCAGCAGCCAGCUGACGGAGAGCGUCGGCGUGCUGGACCACAUGCGGGAGGUGAUUGCCCAGGCGGAGGCGCAGCUGCUGGCGCGUGGCUUCAACGUGGGCGCCCUGGAACGUAUGCGCAGGAAUUUCGGUAUAGAUCGCUCCACGACAACGGCCAUGGACCAGUGAUUUCCUGAUUCCCUUCACUCUCUACCUUAAGACACAUUUUUUUUUGCAACUUGUUAAUUUUUCGA